GAGCUCCUUCACUGAGCGGACGUGUUGAUAACCUCUCUUGUGUCUCGUCGUGGCGCGGAGCAGGACGGUCGCCACGCCUUCAGGGAGGCACUCCGACACGGCGUCAGCUCUCCUCCAGUGUCCGCCGGUGCUCUUCACCUGGCAGGAUGUUUUUUUGCUAAUUCCAGGAGAAGAACAUUUUGUUUCCCGCUUGCAUCAAUCACGCCUCUUUGGUAGUGUGGCCGUGCUGCUGCCUCUGCGUGGACGCUAGUUACUAUUUUGGGGGGAUAUCACUUGUGUGCUUCGGUCAUCAUCGGAAACCCGUCGGAUGAAGGAUGGGGAUCACAGUGUAGUGGUGCCAGGAAUGCCCCAGACUGUGUGCUCAGGCACCAUGUUCACCACUCCCAGUGGCUUCAGCCCCCAUCUGGCCUGCGCUGAGCCUGGGGAGGAGGAGGAGGCCACACAGGAGCGCCAGGGGCCCACGGCUUGCCUGGCUGAUGGGCCCGCCAUCACCUCUGCCACACUGGAAACCCUCAUCCAGAAUCUGGUGCCUACUGCUGACUACUACCCCGAGAAAGCCUAUGUGUUUACGUUCUUGCUGAGCGCCCGUCUGUUCAUCCCUCCUCCGGAGCUGCUGGCCCGCGUGUGUGAGCAGUGCAUCAAGCAGCAGCAGCUGGACCAGAGCCCACUCGAUACGGCAAAAGUGCGCAAGUUUGGUCCCAAGAUCCUGCAGCUGCUCACGGAGUGGACAGAGACGUUCCCCUCAGAUUUUAAAGAUGAGAAGAUGGUUGGACUACUUAAAGACAUCAUCCACAGGAUAGCUCCCUGUGAUGAGGCCUACUGGAAGACGUUAAACCAGGUGUUGCAGAAACUGAGCCAGAGGCUGGCCUUGAUGAGUCAGGGGGAGGAAAGCAUCGUCAAGGUCUCCCUCAACGCCUCCUCCAUUUCCGACAAGCUCGUGGCCUUCAAAACCAAGCCUCCGCCCAUCCAGAAGGACAUGCUCUCCAUCUGCAACGACCCUUACACACUGGCACAGCAGCUCACCCACGUGGAACUGGAACAUUUGAGUCAUAUCGGACCAGAGGAGUUUGUCCAAGCUUUUGUACAGAAAGACCCCCUAGACGGAACCCAGCAACCAUGCUUCAACGAGCAGAAGAAGAAAACCUCCAACCUGGAGGCAUAUGUCAGAUGGUUCAACAGACUGUGUUACCUGGUAGCCACUGAGAUCUGCAUGCCUGCGAAGAAGAAGCAGAGAGCCCUGGUGAUCGAGUUCUUUAUCGAUGUGGCCAGAGAGUGUUUCAACAUCGGAAACUUCAACUCACUCAUGGCCAUCAUUUCUGGAAUGAACAUGAGUCCAGUGUCGAGACUGAAGAAAACUUGGGGCAAGGCCAAGACGGCCAAGUUCUUCAUUUUGGAGCAUCAGAUGGAUCCGACAGGAAACUUUUACAACUACAGAACCGCCCUGAGGGGGGCCGCUCAUCGCUCUCAGACGGCCAACAGCAACAGAGAAAAGAUUGUUAUUCCCUUCUUCAGCCUUCUAAUCAAAGACAUUUACUUCCUGAACGAAGGAUGCGCCAAUCGCCUGCCCAACGGUCACGUCAACUUUGAGAAAUUUGUGGAACUGGGAAGGCAGGUUGGGGAAUUCAUCACCUGGAAGCAAAUGGAGUGUCCCUUUGAGGAGGAUCAGGCCAUCCUACACUACCUCCACACUGCCCCCAUCUUCAGUGAGGAUGGACUCUAUCUCGCAUCCUACGAGAGUGAGAGUCCAGAGAACCAGGUAGAGAAGGACAGGUGGAAAGCACUCAGGUCCACCAUUCUGGGAAAGACAUGAGGCGCUGACGGCAGCUUUCCCUCCGGCCAGCGGGGGAGCGCACGUUCUCAUUGCACUAUAACGAACUGUGAAGGAACCAAGCUGGUACUUAGGUGUUUUUCUAUGAAGAAAAAUGAUGAACAGGAUUCAUCAAGAAGGAUGUGUGGGGGAGGGAGGGGACCCAUGAUGUGAAAAAAUAAUGAAGCUACUGAUUAUGACAUCGUAAUACCAUGAUAAGGAUAUGCGUUUACUCUAUGAAGACAUGUUUACUACCAUGGAGAGGACAGUUACAGGGAAUACCACUUCAUGACAUCCUCCUGUUCUUUUUAUGUUUGCUUCUUGCUCUUUCUCUUCUUCUUUGACUCUUUCUUUACGUUGUAAUGUACUGUCAUGAUGUGAAGGGCGCUGGCUAGCCCAUUAUCAGCUGUUGACUUUUAUUUUAUAGUUCUACUGAAGGAAUUACUAUACCUGUAUGUCCUAUCCACAUGAAGCACCCAUGUUUGUUGUCUUUAUUAUUUAUUGUAUUUUAUUUUGCAGGAUUGGGGAACAUGAGCUGUUGCGAAAGUGUUUACUCCUUUAAGAUGUAUUGUGCCAAGAAUGCAAGAGAACUACACUUUGUUUAGCAGCCACGUGCCAGCCAGGUGUCCAAGUGUGUACAUUCACCCCCCUCAUCUUUCUGCUCCUCAGGAAGUUCUGUUUUGACUGAUGUUCAGUUCUCUUAUUAUGAUUAUAUUUAUGGAGAUUUCUGUGUUGGCAGAUGUGCUGUUUUUUUGUGUUUUUCCUUUUCUGCCUAAGAAGCGAUACAGCAUGUUACAAAGGGUUAUUUCUUCAAGGGACAUGAGGCGAAAUCACAUUCUAUUGACUCCUGUUGUGAUGCGUUGUUGAAGGACGAAGUUAAGUAAGGAGGGGAAAUUGUGCCAUAUGAAUUUAGUGGUUGUCAUGACAAUUCAGGUCCAUCUUAUUGUGAGGUGUUAGUCAGCAGUUUUUUUGUGCUUUUGAGGUUCUUUGAGGGUGAUGUAUUUGGAAAGUGUGCGAAACUGAUGUAAUUAACAGCAUUUAUCAUUAUAAUAGCUUGAUGUCAGUAUUUUCUCUGCAUCGUUCCCUCUCAGUAAGGAUCUCCUCCUCAUCCAUAAACCUUCCCUGUAACAAAGUAUGACAAGCGAGCCAGAGAUAUGACAUCCAACACAACAUGACCAGAUUUUGUUUAAUUUAUCCGAGGACAAUCGCCUACAAAACAUCCAUUUGAUUCAUCUUAACACUGCUAUUUUAAGGAUCGGGUGCGCUCAGUGUUCAACUUAGGUCAAAAUGAAACCUUUAUGACCCCAGCAUCACUGCAAAAUGUGUGUUCCUAAAACCUUUAAUAAAAAUAAGCCAUGCUUA